AUGAGGUCUGAUGACAUCCCGACGGAUGUGACACAGUUGGACUUCGACCGAAUCAUCGGUGGAACACCCGUUCCCAGUCAGAGGAAAUAUCCGUGGGUGGGAUGGAUGGGGACGGCCAAGAAUAAUUUCAUCUGCACGUUGGCCCUCAACAACGAUCGCUACAUGCUCACUGCUGCUCAUUGCAUACAAUCAAACCUAGCCGGGACAUUUUACGUGACCCUGGGAUCCAAGAACUUAUUUCAAUUGCCAGCAGGUCAAUCCAUCCAGAUUGCAGCCAAAGCCAUCAGGCACCCCAAUUAUAAUACCCAGACUCUUCAGAACGAUAUCGCCCUUCUGAAACUUCAGACUCCCUUGAACUUCGUAGCUUACCCAAACAUCCGUCCCAUAUGUCUCGACUCUGCCAACCCCCGUGCCAAUUCCGUGGUAACAAUCGUGGGAUGGGGCCUCACUUCAGGAAUAUCUCAGCGCGUCUCUGGUCUAGAUCUGAGGACAGAUCUAGGGAGAGUUCCGAUCGACGGCGAGAUCGGACGGCGGGUCUCUGAUGGUUUGGGGAGCCUUUGGGUACGGCGGGAAGACAACUCCGUUAUCAUCAACGGUCGCAACAACUGUCGCCGAACUGCGUGA